CUCUCUCUCUCUCUUCCACACACUCUGUAUUGUAGGUGACUACAGUCCAAAGACCAAGCGCUCGUGUGUUUGAACUCAAAUCCAACCCAUUAGCAUUAGAAAAAACAAAACCAUCGUGCACAAAAUGCAGCAGCCGACGAGCUUGGAGGGCUGGACGACCGUCCCAAUGCAGACCGGCGACAAGGCGUACCUGAACUCUGCCGGAAGCGAGAUCUGGGCGCCGCCGUCGUCUGCGCGUGCAGGUGCAGGUGCACAGUCAAGCACGGGAGGCAAGCCGAGGCCCAUGUGCGGCACGCUGCGCGUCGGCGUGGUGGACGCCAAGCUCGCUGGAGCCAAGGAGCAGGACUCGCUCGUCGUCAUCGCCACAGACCAGCACGGCAAGCUCGUCCGCAAGGCACAGACAGACCCGCGCUUGAAAACCAACGCUCCGAGCUGGUUUGAGUACUUUGACGUCUCGGUCGACUAUGGCCGCUUUGCCCACCUCUCCAUCCGCCAGCCGCCGCGCGGUUUGCUGAGGUUUGGCAAGGGUGAAGAGUUUGCGCGCGGCGUUGUCGACCUGACGCCCCUCCUCGAUGGCACACAGCAUGACGUGCGCCUCAACCUCGUUCCCGCGGGCCAGAUUCACCUGAAAUUGUUCUUCUCGGACGAGUCGGGCAUGUUUGGCUUGGACCUCGCGGCGACCGUGCGUCGCGAAAAGCGCACCAACAUCAACGUGCCCUUCAUUAUCGAGGCUUGCGUCACCCAUGUCGAGAAAAAUGGCCUCGACAAUGUCGGCAUGUACCGCAUUUGCGGCACCAAGACCGCCGUUGACGCGUUGCGCGCGCGCUUCAACCAGGCCGGCGCGCAGACCAAGUUCGCUUUCGGAGAAGACGAGGAUAUCAACAACGUCGGCAGCUUGCUCAAGCAGUACCUGCGCGAGCUUCCCGAGCCGCUGUUCACGUAUGCCAAGUUUCACGACUUUGUCGCCGCUGUCAACAUGAUUGAUCGCGACCUCGAGGCCAAGAAGGACGUCUUCCGCCAACUUAUCCACUCGCUUCCCAUUGUCAACCGACAAACCAUCGUCUACUUGAUGCUUCAUCUGAGCCACCUUGCCAACAAUUGCAAUGAAAACAAGAUGACCCCCACCAACAUUGGCACGUGCUUUGGCCCCUCUGUGCUGGCGCCGCCGCCUCCCAUCGUCAAGAAGGGCUCCAAGCCGCAGCCAGCGGAUGUCGACAUGGCCACUCUUGCGGCUCAGGCUGGCAUUGUCAAGUUUAUCAUUGAGCACUGGGCGGAUCUUGCCAUUGAGACUGCCCCUGCGCGCCGCGUCAUCGCCGCAUCCAACAUUCCGGCUGGUUCUCCAGCCUCCGCCGCCGCCGCCGCCGCUGUGGGUGCAUCCGUCCCGCCCAAGCCCGAAAAGCCGUCGACCGCAGGCCGUCCUGCCCGUGGUUCCCUCAAACUGCCUUCGUCGGAGCCCAAGCCCACCUCCUCGCAGUUCUCUGCCUCGGACAGCAUCCAGGCUGUUCUGUUCCUCAAGUACGACAAGGACAAGAGCCAAAGUCUCGACAAGAAGGAGUUUUCCGCGCUCUGUGGCGAUCUUGGCUUGAAUGCUGAGGAGGCCAACCAACUGAUGGCUGAUGUCGAUGUCAACCGCGACGGAAACAUUAGCUUUGAUGAAUUCCAGGGUCUCACCGACAAAAUUGAAGUUUUCGUGGCCGCCAGCCAGGGUUUCCGCAGCAACAACAAGCGCGCACUUUCUGUUCAAAUGUCUGCCUCCAGCGAGCUCGAGGCGGGUGUUACUGGCGAUCAGUCGCCCGAGUCUGUGCUGACUCGUGCCGCCGUGUCACGCGCGCAGUCUGUCGCCGAAAUGUCCCCCGAAGAGGAGGCUGAGGAGGCCAUGGCGAACGGCAGCAAUUCCAUCCGAGCGCUGUUCCAGCGGUACGACGAAGAUGGCUCCGGUUCCAUCGGUGCCAGCGAGCUGGGCAAGUUGCUGUACGAUGCUGGCCAUCGCUUGACUGACGACGAGCUAAAGUUCGCCGUCCAACGCCUUGCAAACAAGGAGAAUGAAAUCACCUUCUCGGCAUUUGCCGAAUGGUGGGCCAAGGAUGACAAGUUCCGCGGCCUCCACUUGACCGACACACAGCUCGAGCAUCUGCAUCGAGCUGCACAGUACUUCCAGCACUUUGACGUGGAUAUGAGCGGCGUCUUGUCGCGCGAGGAGUUUUCAGCCCUGUAUGCCGACUUGUCUCAUUAUGGCCUGUCGCUUCCGUCGGAGAAGGAGUGCUUCCUCAAUCUGGACAAGGACCGCGACAACACUGUCUCUUUCAACGAGUAUGUGCAAUGGCUGCUCGAAAUCGGCUCGCUCGAACUGUCUGAGGACCUCCCCAACACGAGCGUUUAACAACGAGGUCUGGUCUGGGUUUUCGACAUGUUGCGUUUUUCUUGUUUUGUUUUUUUGUUUUUUUUUGUCAGAUUGUUCGAUUGCAUGCACUUUUUCUCUCGUUGUAACCUUGGUGAUGUUUUUGGCGCCAGCAAACCAACCGAGAGUUGAACCGCGUUCUGUUUUUUGCUUGGUGAUCAUGGGUGACUUGAUUGGAUGAUGCAGUACACAUACACACACACACCAACA